AACUGCGACCCCAUAUAUGUGAACAUUGUGGCAAAUCGUAUUCUGUGAAGCACGGUUUGCGAGGACACAUUAAAUCUGUCCAUUCGAAUGAGCGACCUCAUGAAUGCAAAUACUGUGAGAAAACCUUUUCUCGGUUGGUUAGGCUCCGAGUCCACGAGAUGUCUAUUCACUUGAAGCAACGACCCUAUGCGUGUGAGCACUGUGGCAGAUCUUUUUCGGAUAAAAGCAAUUUACAAAGGCACCUCAGAACUGUUCAUUCGGAUGUUGGACACUCAGCUUCGAAUGGUAACACGGUUGCAGAAGUAGCAUUGGAGCAGGAGAGCAAGGUACAAGUCCCUUCAUAAUGUGGCGAUGGCCUUCAAUACAUGCGGCGGGAUUGGAACGCUGUUGGUCAGUACUAUGGUUUCCCAAUGUGAAUGGACACGGGCGGCAAUGCGACGUUUACGUGCAUGUUGCUCUUUACUGACCGAGUAAUUGACCCGAUGAAUGUGCAUACAGCUCGCUUGGAAACCCCCUCUGUAUUUGACUUCCACCGCAAUCCUUUGUUAGUACUUCAAGUUUAUGUGUACUUUUGUAUGUAAUUUUAACUUCUGUGUACCAGUAAAAACCCCUUUGAGUUAUCC